AUGGCUGUAGGAAGGAACAACACAAUUGUGACAAAAUUCAUCCUCCUGGGAUUUUCAGACCAUCCUCAAAUGAAAAUUUUCUAUUUUGUGUUGUUCCUGGGGAUUUACCUCCUGACCCUAGCCUGGAACAUGAGCCUCAUCAUCCUUAUCAGGAUGGACUCCCACCUACACACACCCAUGUACUUCUUUCUCAGUAACCUGUCCUUCUUAGAUAUCUGCUAUGUAUCCUCCACAACUCCCAAGAUGCUCUCUGGCAUCAUCACAGAGAAGAAAACCAUUUCCUUCAUUGGGUUUGCCACGCAGUACUUUGUCUUCUGUGGAAUGGGGCUGACUGAAUGCUUUCUUUUGGCAGCUAUGGCAUAUGAUCGGUAUGCUGCAAUCUGCAACCCGUUGCUCUACACAGCUGUCAUAUCCCAUACACUUUGUUUAAAGAUGGUGGCUGGGGCCUAUGUGGGUGGAUUCCUUAGUUCUUUGAUUGAAACAUACUCUGUCUAUCAGCAUGAUUUCUGUGGGCCCAACCUAAUCAACCACUUCUUUUGUGACCUUCCUCCAGUCCUGGUUCUGUCAUGCUCUGAUACCUUCACCAGCCAAGUGGUGAACUUCAUUGUGGGUGUUGUUGUUGGAAUGGUAUCUGUCCUUGUGAUCCUCAUCUCUUAUGGUUACAUCGUUACUGCUGUCGUGAAGAUCAGUUCAGCAAGAGGUAGGACCAAGGCCUUCAGCACCUGUGGCUCUCACCUGACUGCUGUGACCCUCUUCUAUGGUUCUGGUCUCUUCAUGUACAUGAGACCUAGUUCCAGCUACUCCUUAAACCGGGACAAGGUGGUGUCAGUGUUCUAUGCUCUGGUGAUCCCUAUGGUGAAUCCCAUCAUCUACAGUCUUAGAAAUAAGGAGAUUAAAAGUGCUGUAAGGAAAGCUAUGGAAAGGAAACAUGUUCUUUCUCAUGAGCACUCAUUUUUCUGA